AUGCAUGUAAUGAGUCAUACUGGAGAAACACAAUACAAAUGUGAUAUUUGCAACAAGUGUUUAAUUACAAAACAAAGCCUUAAAGGGCAUUUAUUGACUCAUACUGAAGAGACACCAUACAAAUGUGAUAUUUGCAACAAAUGUUUAACAACAAAAAGAAGUCUUAAAAGGCAUGUAAUGAGUCAUAAUGGUGAGGCACUAUACAAGUGUUAUAUUUGUGACAAAUAUUUAACAACAAAAGUAUCUCUUAAAGGGCAUGUAAUGACUCAUACUGAAAGGACACCAUACAAAUGUCAUAUUUGCAACAAAUGUUUAACAACAAAAAGAAGUCUGAAAAGGCAUGUAACGAGUCAUAAUGGUGAGGCACCAUAUAAGUGUGACAUUUGCGACAAACAUUUAACAACAAAACAAUCUCUUCAAGUGCAUGAAAUGUCUCAUAGUGGAGCGACACCAUACAAGUGUAGUAUUUGCAACAGACGGUUAACAACUAAACAAAAUCUUAAAGGGCAUGUAAUGACUCAUACUGAAAGGACACCAUACAAAUGUGAUAUUUGCAACAAAUAUUUAACAACAAAACACACUCUUAAAGUGCAUGCAUUGGCUCAUAGUGAAGGGUCACAAUAUAAAUGUGAUAUUUGCAACAAAUGUUUUAAAGCCAAACAAAAUCUCCAAGGGCAUUUAAGGACUCAUACUGGAGAGUCACCUUUCAAGUGUGAUGUUUGCAAAAACAGUUUUAAAACAAAACAAUAUCUCAGACGGCAUAUUUCGAUGCAUACUGGAAAUUUUGUCACCAUUGAAGUGAACAAAAAAAUAUUAAGAUUAGAAAUAGAAGUUUCACCUUAAUUAAGAUUGUUUUUUUAAUUUACAUGUAUAUAGUAUGUUGUAUGCAAACAAAGAAUAGGUAGGCAAAUAAUAUUUAGAUGACAGUAGAUAAGAAGUUUGUUACUUGUUCAUUUGGCUGCUAACAGAAUGACUGCAUGUUUGCAAUUUAUGCGUGUAGUCAUAAUCAACUUCAUAUAGCCGAGACCUCGACUACUUGAAGUUGAUAACGACUUCACGCAUUAAACUGCAUGCAGUCGAAAUUCAACUGCUUGCACACCUCAGAGUACAGUUGGGGCUUAUGAACAUGAGUUUGUUGACAAAUUAAAAUUGAGGAUUUUGAUACUGAUAUGUUUAUUUCCUUAAUAAAUAAUAAAGUGAGCGUUUGGAAUCUUGAAUGUUUUGAAUACAUUGUCAAAUUAUAUGUAACUUUGCUUCCAUUUCGACUUUAACAAAUACUAUCUUUCUAAUUCGUGAAGUACACUGAACUCCUGAGCUAGACUCGCGACAGUCAAAGUCGAUUUGUUUAUUUAUCUACUUCAGGCAUGCAGUCGAAGCUGGUAGCAGCCUAAAAUAUGCUAGUUUUAAAGACGGCGGCACAACGAGUCAUCGAUUUUUUUAUUUAGUUUUUACGACUACAAUUUACUUAAUUUCAAAUACUCGAUUAUGAUCCUAUGUUUAGAAUUUGCCUGUAUUAUAUUUCAUAUUGAAUAAACUUAUUUAAAAUAUGCUGAACCAAAUAAUGUUUAUUCAUUUCGCACUUAAUAAUUUUAUCAAUAUCGACAUUAUUGACACGUUGUACAGAGUAGUAGAUAGUCCCGUGAGGAUUA